GUUUUCUUAUAUUGCAGAUGUUAGAGACUUACAAGCUGUUUGUGGCAACAAAUGGACUAUGGUCAGUUAUUUUAUAGCCUACCUACAAAGUGCACCUGAGAGAGAGAGAGAGAGAGAGAGAGAGAGAGAGAGAGAGAGAGAGAGAGAGAGAGAGAGAGAGAGAAAGGAAAUAGAUAGAUAGAUAGAUAUACAGAUGACAUGUUUUAUUCAUUAUCUGCAUCCAUAUAUUAUAUGUAGCCUAACUGAGGUGGAGUUUGGUACGGUCUGGAGCAGAGCGCAGUGAGCUCAGCGAGCGCGUGCAAGUGCAGGUGCAGGUGGUGGAGGCGCGCGGAUCAGCGCACGUGUUUUCGCGCUCAGUUUAACAGCAUCUCAGCGAGGUGGAGGCGCGCGACGCCAUUUGCUGCUUUUGCUCCGUAACAGAGGGAAAACACGGCGACGUUCUCUGGCGGCGCAUCCGUAUCUUUCAGAGAGAAAUGCACGCUUCAAAACGUCAUCACGGAUAAACUCUAGGAGACACCUGCUGUCUUCCUGAAAUUGUGAUCAUGAGGCCUUCCUGUUUCAUUCUGUUUGCCUUCAUCCUCUUCAGCAGCAUCCUGGAGGAGCCACUGCUGAGUGCUGAGGUGAAGGAGGGAGAAAUUCUGCCUCCCACCAUUCAGAAGCUGAUGAAAGGAUACAACAAGUACCUAAGGCCUUUCUUUGAUGAUGGCCCUGUCACUGUGGGGAUGAGUUUGGACAUUGCUAGCAUUGACAAGAUAUCAGAGAUCAACAUGGACUACACUGCCACCAUCUUCCUGCGGCAGCGCUGGACAGAUGAGAGGCUGGUGUUUGAAGGUAAUAAGAGCUUGAGUCUGGAUGGGCGUCUGGUAGAGCUACUCUGGGUUCCUGAUACCUUCAUUGUGGAUUCCAAGAAGUCCUUCCUGCAUGAUAUCACAGUGGAGAACCGUCUGAUCCGAAUCUUUCCCAAUGGAACGGUGCUUUACGCUCUCCGGAUCACCACCACUGUGGCCUGCAACAUGGACCUGACUAAAUACCCCAUGGAUAAACAGACAUGCACCCUACAACUGGAAAGCUGGGGUUAUAAUGUCAACGAUGUGAUGUUUUACUGGGUGAGAGGCAACGACUCAGUCAGUGGGUUGGAUACUCUGCGUCUGGCACAGUACACAGUAGAGGAUCAUUACACUUCUGCCUCUGAGGCUGUGUAUGAGACAGGUAAUUAUCCUAAACUCAUAUUCCAUUUUGAGCUGAAGCGAAGCAUUCUGUACUUCAUCCUGGAAACCUACGUGCCCUCCAGUCUGCUAGUCGUGCUCUCCUGGGUGUCCUUCUGGAUCAGCCAGUCAUCCGUGCCUGCUCGCAUAUGUAUAGGAGUAACGACAGUGUUAACGAUGACCACUCUGAUGAUGGGUGCGAGGACAUCUCUACCCAACGCUAACUGCUUCAUCAAGGCAAUAGACGUGUAUUUGGGAAUUUGUUUCAGUUUCAUCUUUGGAGCACUGAUAGAGUAUGCUGUUGCUCACUUCUGCACACUCCAGCACCCAGAGUACAACAGUGCGUUUACGCACAUGCAGGACUGUGAAGAAGAGAUCAAUGGCAUUGUCACAACCAUUGCCAGUGAUUCCAGCCGAGCAAAGCGACGUAAAGACACUCCAACCCCUGCUCCAACAUCGACUCCUAGCGGAGAGCCUGAUCUCAUGGCCCAAACCCCUUCUCACCUAGAGCCUAUGACCCCGGAGGCCCUGGAGGAUCCUCUUAACCGCUGCAUCAGAAUCCUGUCACUCAUAAGACAGAUGCUUCGCUCUGUGAACUGCUGUCAUGUGGAGAAUCCACAUUACAUAGACAACUACUCCCGUGUAACAUUUCCCCUCUCGUUUGUCGUAGUUAAUCUGCUCUACUGGACUUACUAUCUGUACUUUUAGUAAGCCUCAGCGUGUUGAUGGGAGUUAUUGUGAAAGAGGGUGCACCUCAUGUGUGACUGAGCAUGAAGCCAUCUUAGUGUCUGUAUAUGUCUGGGUUUUUCUUUUGGUUGUAUGAAAAUCUGAGUGGAAAUAACAGAGUAUACAUAAUGGUGUGAGUGUGAGUGUUUCUUAUUUUGCAUAUUUUACAUGCCUGAAUGGGUGUGCAAGUGCUUCUCACAAAUUAACCGUUUUGUGGAUAAGGUUUGCAGUUCUUUUACAGACACUGCUGAAGGCGUAACAUGCUAAAAUGAUGCAAUAACAUGUUAGAGAAAGACGCUGAUUAAGAUGAAGACAUUGAGAUGUCAUCUGUCUUGAUCUGCAAUGCAGAGGUGCCAACACUGCUAACAAGAAUGAAUAUAAUAUAAUAAUGUAAAAAAAAAAAAAAAAAAGAAGGAUUUUUCCACUAAUUCCCUAUCAUAAUUCAGUGGACAAGGUGGCUCAAUGGAUUAAUGAUAAAACAUGCACUGGCUAAACUGAUAUUUAACUUUAACAGCCGUCAGAAAGGUUUGGAUUUAUAAGCAACCAGCCAAGGGUAAAUUCUUAAUAUAAUUGUUACAAAAUUAACAUGCAUGUCCGGUCUUCAGUCCAAACUAUUGCCACAUGUUGAACUUAAUAAUAAACCAUCUGAAACUGUAAUCUAUUGACUGGUGAUUAACUGACUUUUUUUUUGUAUAGACUUUGAUGAUCUUUACACUUUCAUUACUGACUUGAAAGGAAAAUAUCAUACAAAUCAAGCGCCUUGUCUGCUCAAAAAAUUAAAAAAGGGCAUUUUUUUAAAUCCCAUGUCUUUGGUCUGACUCCUGAUAAAGCAGCUAUUCAUUGUUUUCCAGUAUUGCUGUAGAAAGGGGUAAAAAAUUCUUAACGGCUACAGCUAAACCAUAGAUGUUGGCACCUCUGCUAAUGAUUUAUCAUUAUAUAUUUGAGCAUCAACAUUUUAUAGUAUUGUCUUCAUGUGCCACAAACAUGUAAUGCAUUCUUUCCUUCUUGUCCAUGCAUUCCCCUGUUUCCACUUAUUGGUUCUGCCAGUGGAGGGCUUUGCCCUCUGAGUUAGUGAGCUAGCUGAAUUGCUGGACGGUGCUGCAGGGGGCAAACUGAAGCUAUUGCUCUUUUUUAUUGCCUCAGUAAAUUUUCUGGCCCGGGCUCCCUCCUUCUCUCACACAUUAUGAGGAUCAACUCGCAGCGCAAGCGAGUAUAAAUGAUUUUAUAUGAUUUGUUAUUAAAUUAUUCAUUAUGUAGUCCAUUUUACAAGCAGGAACAGUGCCAAUAUCAUGUCUGGUUCCAGAGAAACUGUACAAACAGGAGCUUGGGGCCCACCAUGCUGUAUCCUCAAUACCCUUGACAGAUGACUGGAUUGCUUGGACAAUUUACUAACUUUGUGUUAAUAAAUCACUUCUUUAGCAAACUGUGUUAUUUUAGAAAAUAACCAUGGAUUUGCGGCACAGCAAGAUAUAUGACCCUGAUACGAGCCUUGUAAAAUUUGAUCUAAACAAUCAGAUAUAACUAACUAAUACACGCUGCCUCAUAAGGGUGAAAUUGGAACAGAAAACUACAACAUUCUCCCUUUUUAGCAGACAAGCAAAGAAGUGUCUGAUUUUCUGAAUGACAAUAUUCUUUUACAGUUGGAUCUCCCAGCACAGGUGAAUCUUUCUGUCCUAGGCAGAUAUUGACUCAAAUGUGGCGCCCUGUCGAGAGACUCAUUUAGUCCAAACUUAAGCCUUACCUGCAGGACCUUAAAAAAAGGUCAUAUUGAUUAUGAAAUAUGAAGCAGAUAAAAGAUGAUGACUGACUAAGGAUGUGGCAGGUGUUCAUCGUUUUAAGAUUAAAGAGAGCAUGGGAGCCAUAGUAAAAUUUCAAUCAACUUCUAAAGAGCUCAACAUCGAGGUAGAAGCUUUCAUUUGGCAUUCAUUUACCCCUACAUUUUCCUUCCUAGAUGUGUUAUAUUUUGUAUUUAUAAUUGAUGCAUUUUUUUUCCUCCUGGCUAUACACAAUACAUUGGAAUAUAUAAUGUUUCGCCAUGUAAUUUAUCUUUAUUAAUAUGAUAUGUCAUUUUUAAACUGUACACAUUUGUGAAAAUUCUAACAAAAAAAAAUGGUAUCUACUGUAGGCCCUCCAUCUUUAUAUAAUGUAAAUAAUAUUUGAAAUUCAUCUCUUCAGUAUGGAUUCAUCGGGACGUUUUAACAUGAAUCUUUUAUGAGGUAAACAGAAUUGCACGGAAGCCCUUUUUAAAAAGAUUUUCUGCAGGAGCAGUAUGCUGAAUAACUUUUUAUUAUUAUUAUUGGACUUAUUUUCUCAAAAUUACCACUUAUUAUCUUUACAAUUCUGACUUUAUUAUCUAAGAAUUCAGACUUACCUCAGAGUCUUGAUUUAUUAUCUCAAAAUUGUGACAUCAUUUUAGAAUUCUGACUUAUUAUCUUACAAUUUUGAGUUAUCUGAAAAUUUUGACUUACAAUGUCUUUAACUCUUUAUCUCAAAAUUAUGACUUAUUCUCAAAUGAUGCCAAUUUAUCUUACUCUGUAGACUAAAAAAAUCAUGAAUUUCUUAAAGAACAUGUGUUAUUGGUUAAUAGGAGAUUAAUAAUAAUAGGAGAUAGCCCCUGACCUUUGAUCCCAUCUUCAGACACUGAUCAUAAAAUAAGAUUAGAUAAGAUUAAAAAGGAGUCAUUAAUUUUGCUAUUUACAUAGCUCCAUCAUUAUAUAUCAAAAUUUUGAGACAAAAAGUAAAAACAUUGAGUUAAGAAUUCUCAAAGAACAUGUAAAAGUUUUUUGACAUACUGCUGUUGCCAAAAAUAGAUCUUGCCUAACCCUAGUAUUAUUUGAGUCAUGUUUAAGUUGAAAUGUAUAAGCUGAAGGGCAAUUCCAUGUAGAAUUCAAAGUUGAAUAUCAGUUUUAUUUUUGUAGAUAAUUUUAAUCAACAUUCAGCAGAACCUCUGCAGUAGAUGUUUGGAAGCAUUUUAAAAUGCAUUUUGAUCUGUGGUAAAACCUCAAUCCCCUUCAUUUUACUAAGGUAUAAAUCUAACCAUAAAGCUAUGUCAGUUGUCCAUUUUCCCAUCUCUAGAUCAUUUGUACAGCUGCUGCUGCAUGUGCGUUCAACACAGUGUAUAUCCCAAUGGACGUGCCUUAAGCUUUGAGAUUUUACAGCUGUAAUGCUGAAAAGCUGAAAAUGUGCCACAGUUACAGAGAAUUGUUUGUGAGUUUAUUAAAAGAGAACAUGGUGCACAUGGUGUUCAUUCUAAUAGCAGAGCUGUUAUUAUAAAUCCUUUGCUAUUACAGUAGUGACAUUUAGCUGGCUGGUUGCAGCAAAUAUUAAAAUGGGGCAUCCAAGAUUUAAUUUAUAUAUAAUAGUUACUAGAAUCACAAUAGAAGUUAGAAGUCGUACUGAAUUUCUUGUUAUAAAGUUGUAUUACCUUGUGCAAAGCAAAACUGUCACUUAUAUAGGAGUCAUUUGAUAAAACAGUUGAGUGGUUUAUAUCUACAUAAUAAAAUGCAGACCAGUGUCGGAUUAUUCAACAAAAUAGCAUGUGCAUAUUGUUUAGUAAGAAAAAAGCAAUCAGCCCAUAAAACAGCACAAGUGAUUCUCAGUAAAGGUCUUUCUGUCUCUUUAAGCUGCUGAUUUGGAUUUUUAUUUUUUAUUUUUUUUGGAAAUGUUUUAUACUUUUUUCCCCUCUUCCACCAUUUUAUCUGUUUUAGAUAGCGUCCUCAAAUAAAUUACAUUUUUGGACUCAUUCAUAACAUUCCUCCAGCAUGUACGUAGACCAGACUAUUCAAGUCUGUAUGCAGGGCUCCAGCCUUUUGCACAAUAUACAGUAGCAUUCUACUGCUUUUAAAUAUUUUGUGUUUUUUCAGCAUGACAUGCCAGCUGAGCUUACAGUAUGGAUGGAGUGCGUUGACCUCUGGAGAUGCCACUGACUUCCUAUUGUUAAAUUACUGUAAAGUGUAUACUUGUAACACUGAAGCAUAUAUGAUAUCCUUAAAAAAGGAUGUAAAUACAUUGUUACACUCUGCAUG